GCCUCGCAAACGUCACCAAGCAUGCCUCCCAAGUCGAAAAAGGGCGCUUCCAACGAGAAGCAGAGGGCCGCCGAUGAGGAGGUCGAGGAUCCUCUCCAGGCCGUCAUCCUCGCCGACCCAUUCGAGACGCGCUUCAGCCCUCUUACCCUCGAGCGCCCCCGGUGUCUCUUGCCGCUCGCAAACACCCCGCUCAUCGAAUACACCUUCGAGUUCCUCGCCAACGCCGGCGUCGAGGAGGUCUUUGUGUACUGCGGCGCCCAUACCGACCUGGUCGAGGAAUACAUCCAGAACUCGAAAUGGUACUCGCAGUCGUCGCCCUUCUCAAAGGUCGAGAUGAUCCGCUCGACCUCGAACACAAUCGGAGAUGCCAUGCGCGACCUUGACCAGCGCGCCCUUCUCGUCAACGACUUCCUCGUCGUCUACGGUGACGUCGUGAGCAACCUGUCCAUGGAGUCGGCCCUGGCGGCACACAGGGCGCGAAGAGCAAAGGACAAGAACGCCAUCAUGACCAUGGUCUUGAGGGAGGCUGGCACCAACCACCGCACAAAGGCGCAGGGCACGCGGCCCGUUUUCGUCGUUGAUCCUACAAAGGACAGGUGCCUGCACUUUGAGCAGAUCAACUCCAAGGACCAGAUCAACUCGGACCAAAGCAAGCGCUUCGUCAGCAUCGCCCCGGACCUUCUGGACGAGAACGACGAGCUCGAGGUUAGGACCGACCUUAUUGACUGCGGCAUCGAUAUCUGUACUCCGGACGUGCUGGCCCUGUGGAGCGACAACUUCGACUUCCAGGCGCCGAGGAGAGGUUUCCUCCACAGCGUGCUCAAGGACUACGAGCUGAACGGCAAGACGAUCCACACGCACGUUGUAAACGACCACUACGCAGCACGUGUGCGCAACCUUCACGCCUACGACGCCGUGAGCCAAGACAUCAUCUCGCGAUGGACAUACCCGCUUUGCCCGGACAGCAAUCUCCUGCGCAGCCAGUCAUACCGCUUCCAAAAGGGUAAUAUUUACAAGGAAGAGGGCGUCAUUUUGGCCCGGUCUUGCGUCAUCAACAGGGGCACCGUGAUUGGCAAGGACAGCAGCAUCGGCGACGGUAGCAUCAUUUCCAACAGCAUCAUCGGCCGCAACUGCUACAUCGGCCGCAACGUCACCAUCGACGGCGCGUACAUCUGGGACCAUGCAGUCAUUGGCGACAACACCAUCAUCAACAAGGCCAUUGUCGCCAACGAGGCGAGCAUAGGCAGGAAGUGCAGGAUCGAGCCGGGUGCGCUGGUCUCGUAUGGCGUGCGGAUAACAGACGGCAUCACGGUGGACGGCACGAGCAGGAUCACCCGGGCCAAGGAACGGAGAGCCGAGGGCGAGGACACGGUGAGGGCGGAGCCGGACUUUGAAGUCGUGGGCGAGAGCGGCGACGGGCGCGAGUUUGUCGAGCCAGAGGGCGACGAGCUGGACGAAGUGAUUGAAGGCCUCGUGGCCGCAAAGUCAAUCUACAACCUCGCGAGCCUCUCCCUGUCAACCGACUCCAUCUCAACUCUCAACUCCGACUCCGACUUCACGGACACGUCCGGCCAUCUCCGCUCCGCGCACGGCAGCUUCGUCUCCAUCGCCUCGGACACAUCCAGCCACCACGCGGCCAACUUCGACGCCGAAGCCGUCGACAGCAUCCUCGACUCGCUGCUCAAGGGCGACGAGAGCGCCAACAUCCAGCUCGAGCUCAACAGCCUGCGCAUGUCGACCAACGCAUCCGAGCACCAAGUGCGGCGCGCCGUCAUCCACGCCUUCAUGCGCGCCAUCGGCGAAACCAUCAAGACCAAACCCGGAACCUCCCCCAAACAAGCCACAGACGCGACGCUCGGCCCGCACCAGAACCUGCUCAGCCGCACCAUGUUCGACCGCGACGUCAGCGGCAAGGUGGACCAGGUCGACUUCCUGCUGGUCAUGCAGGCGGAGCUGGCGGGCCGCUUCGAGCGCGGCGAACAAUGGGCGGAUGCCGUGCUCCUGUUUGCGUGCAUGAAGCUCUAUGACAUGGACGUCUUGGAGGAGGAGGGCUUCGUGCAGUGGUGGGGCGAUGUCAAGGCUAGUGAGGACGCGCGCAUGAAGGCUGUUAGGGGCAAGACGGAACAGUUUAUUGCGUUUUUGGAACGGGAGAGCGAGAGUGAGAGCGAGAGUGAGGACGAGGAAAGUAGCGAAGAGGACGAGGAGAGUGAUGAGGAGUAGGGUGGGUAGCUAGGUUCGGCAUAUAGGUAUAGAGGAGGGCCGUGCUUCACGGUUUUGGAAAAGGGACGUUUAGCAGACAGAUGGAGAACAAAGUAGCAAAAACCAACAAUUUUCUUCUUCCAAA